AUGGCCUACAACACUUUAUAUGUUUGCUUGAUCCUAAUAUCGUUGCUACCUCUUGCAAGAUUAGCGGUGAUGAAACCGAAACCAGCGACAUGCGCUGAUGUCAGAAGUAAAUAUCAGGUCCAUCAAAACGGAUACUACACAAUCUAUGACUCCACAAAUAAGCCAUAUCUUGCAUUUUGCGAUUUUCGAUCAGAUCCUGGAUUUUCAUGGACUCUUAUAGAAUCGAUAUCGAGAGGCAAUGCACAAACAUCUAACUUUCGAAAGAGCUUCCAAUAUAAUAUUCCAUCUAACGAAUGUACUCCUAAUUGGUCAAACUAUAGACUUUCUAAAGCUAAAUUGGCAACGUUACAUGGGGCCACAUCAUCUACUCAUUUUCGUGCCACAUGUAACUUUGAUAGCCAAAGCAAGACUGGAUUAACAAGUCAUCGUGAUUAUUUGAGGGUUUCAUUUUGUGCGUAUAAUUACUUUCUCACUAACAGAGGUUGGACUUGUGCUAUAGUAGAUUAUAUCAAUAUUCGCGGAUAUUCAUGCAGUAAAUGUAGCAUACCGUUCUAUAGCGAUAGUAAUAAUCAUCUACAAUCAAAUAUUGCAUACUCUAAAACGAAAUGUGGAAAGUUUAACGUUCCUGAUGCGGUAGCUGACGAGCGAAUAUUUGGUAAUUAUUAUAGUUUCAGCGAAAAGUUUUCUUGUGUAACAAAUAGCACAUCAACGACAAAUUGGUGGAUAGGUGGGGCCAUUUAUGACUAA